UCUGAGAAGAUGGCGAAGGUCUCAGAGCUUUACGAUGUCACUUGGGAAGAAAUGCGAGAUAAAAUGAGAAAAUGGAGAGAAGAAAACUCACGAAACAGUGAGCAAAUUGUGGAAGUUGGAGAGGAAUUAAUUAAUGAAUAUGCUUCUAAGCUUGGAGAUGAUAUUUGGAUCAUAUAUGAACAAGUGAUGAUUGCAGCCCUAGACUAUGGUCGAGAUGACUUGGCAUUGUUUUGUCUUCAGGAGUUGAGAAGACAGUUUCCUGGCAGCCACAGAGUCAAGAGACUAACAGGCAUGAGAUUUGAAGCCAUGGAAAGAUAUGAUGAUGCUAUACAACUAUAUGAUCGAAUUUUACAAGAAGAUCCAACUAACACUGCUGCAAGAAAGCGUAAGAUUGCCAUUCGAAAAGCCCAGGGGAAAAAUGUGGAGGCCAUUCGGGAACUGAAUGAGUAUCUGGAACAAUUUGUUGGGGACCAAGAAGCCUGGCAUGAACUUGCAGAACUUUAUAUCAAUGAACACGACUAUGCUAAAGCAGCCUUUUGUUUAGAGGAGCUAAUGAUGACUAAUCCACACAACCACUUAUACUGUCAGCAGUAUGCUGAAGUUAAAUAUACCCAAGGUGGACUUGAAAACCUCGAACUUUCAAGAAAGUAUUUUGCGCAGGCACUGAAACUGAACAACAGAAAUAUGAGAGCUUUGUUUGGGCUUUACAUGUCGGCAAGUCAUAUUGCUUCUAAUCCAAAAGCAAGUGCAAAAACAAAAAAGGACAACAUGAAAUAUGCUAGUUGGGCAGCUAGUCAAAUAAACAGAGCUUAUCAGGCAGUUCCUGGAUCUCCAUUUCUUUGGCAUCAUUUACUGGAAAUUUACUGUGUUCCUUUGGUGGUGUCAUGUUUCCCUGCUUUCUUCAUGAUCCCAGUAGCUUUGCAUAAGUGUGCAAUUGAAGAAGGAGUCACCCCACAAGACUUUAUGGACUGACUUUGAGGGGAAAGCAGAAGGAGAAGAAGAGGGAGAAUCUUAGACUGGCUCCACGCCAGGCAUGGAGCCCAAUGCUGGAUUCCGUCUUACAACCCUGAGAUCAUGACCUGAGGUGAAGUCAAGAGUUGGAUGAACCAACUGAUCCGUCCAGGCACCCCUUUCUUGUCGCACUUACACAUGCUUCAGACUCCAGCCUCUUGACAAUCUGUUCCACCUGGGGGCUUUUGUGGUUUCUCUAGCCCACUCGAGUCCCUUACCUAUUAUUGCAGUCACGUGGAAGUUUAUACCUGAUUCUAAUAGAUAAUUAGACUCACAAUUCCUUGACUAAAAAAUCAACUAUUCAGAAAGAUUAGUUAACCAGUCUUACCCCAGACCUCUAUUUCCUCACAUUUAAUGUGUGGCUUUUUGUAUCUUUCUCCUAAGGUAGUUUUAAGAUUUGAGCGAGAUGAUCAUGAGAGGCACCCAGUGCCUACACAUGUGUAGUACCGCUCACUUAAUAAGAAUUUAAGCAGUGAUGCUAACAUAUCUUUUUUGAUCUUAUUACUUCUAUAUUGCUUUGACACUUAGGUAAAUUUAAGACAUUUUUCUGUUUCAUGAAAUAUUUCAUCUAUUCUUCCUAAAAUAAGUAUAAUGUUAAAUAAAUUUUUUAAAUCUCCAGGAAAAGAAUUUUAUGCUCUUUUCCCUUGAAAGACUCAUUGCCUAGCACCAGGCUGGGCAUGAUAGUAGGUGUACAAUAAAUAAUUACUGAAGUGAAUUAAAGUGAAUGGGGAGCUGGAAGAGUUUCGAUAGCAGUUGCCAGGCUGCCUGUUACAUGUUAUUCCUGACAGAAUGUCUUCCAUGAAUUAAUGAUUCAGAACACCAGGUGGUCAGCCACAAGCUUCCUAAAAAGGGAAAGGAGCGGGAGGAGAGGAGGAUUUUCGCAUGAAAGCUUUAAGUUUCACCACAGUGAAUUCAAAAUUCUUCUUUCUUGCUUCCAAAACUAGGCAGCUGGUGUCACAGCUUCACUCCAACUGUUAGUAGGGGCAACGAUGUCUGGGUUGCAAGGCAUGUUACUGGACUCCAUCUCACUCCCACACUGCUUCCAGGUUCUAAUGAUUCCAAAGAUUCAUUUACACUUAGAUUAACCUUGAUAAAUAAAAUACUUAUAUGUCUCCAGUUUUUAAAGAAUCGAAGUGAAUGAAAAACUAUAAAAGAUUUUAAAACCCCUUAAGACAAACUUGGCAAGAAUACAGCAACUUGGAAGAAAAAAAUUUACUGGUGUCAAGACUCUUCUCUAUUUUACAGUCAUACCCCUUUGGAGUCCCAAGGGUCAUAUAAGGGCAGAGAGCCCAGUUUGGCUUAAGAACUUUGGAAUGCUUUAUUGAGCUUAUGCCUGCCUAGAUAGUAAGAACAAAGCCAUGGCUCUCCCAAGCCUAGCCCCAAAGAAUAUAUAUUUUGACCAUAGCUUAUUUAAACAUGCACAUGUGCACACACACAUGCAUGCAUUUUUCUCAUUGAAAUAUUGAAUAAUAUUCUUAAAAAAAGAAAUAUUGAAUAAUACUCAUAUAUAAGCAUCCUCUCUCAUCAUCAUAGCAACCUAUGGACCAAGAAGAUGAGCUUAAAGAGACUGCCACCUUUAUCCCGAUUUAAAUAAUUUGACUUUGCAGAUCUCAGCUUUUGGAGAGCUGUUGGUAUCUUAUGAUGUAUAGCAUCUGUCCAUAAGCUUGAACAUAUUUUCAGAUUGAUUGUGCUCUGCUUGACACCCCAGCUUAUAUACUCUUCUACAUCUAGCAGAAGUAGAUCAGACAAAUAUGAUUACACAAAUCCUACACGUUAACCUGAUAAAGGGAGAAAGUAAGAUGCUAUCAUGUUUUAAGACAAGAGAAUGCAGAUUAUCACUAGUUGGUCCUAUUUAAUAAUUAAGGAAUUGUAGGAUGGAGUGCCAUGGAGAAAAAUUAUAUUAUAUUUGAACCUAGACCCCUACCACCUACAGGACAGUUCAAAGAGCUCCCUAAUUCUAAUCACUCAUUUAGUGGGAAUUACGCCUGCAGUCAAUCAGAACUUCUGCAAGUUCCUUUGAUAACUCAGUUCUGUACUGAUACUGUGGUGGCAUAUUUUGGGGAAUAGUCUUUAAUAGAAUGUAAGAGAAUAAAGUGAUUCCAGUCUAAA